AAGUAGCUUUCACAUAACGUAGCCAUCUUCAACUCUCCUUCUUCCUUGGAGAGUUUCUAUAAUUCCUUGUUCAUUUUCCUCUGCCUUUAAAACAAUAAACGGCGAAAAAAUGGCGUUUUCAGAUAUAGAAUCUUUAAUCCCAAGUUAUCUUUACAGUACAACAUCAGUUAAUUCUUCAAAGAAUUUCAGUACUACUUUGGACAAUCAUCAUGGCAAUAUGGAUCAGAAGAAUUUCUUGAUUGCAGCACCAAAGGAGGGUUCAGGUUAUAAGGUAGAAAUGUACACACCGGCGUUUUACGCAGCCAGCACGAUCGGGGGCAGUCUAAGCUGUUGUCUUACACACACUGCUGUUACCCCUCUUGAUCUUAUCAAGUGCAACAUGCAGAUUGAUCCUGCAAAGUUCAAGAGUAUUUCCUCUGGUUUCGGAAUUUUACUUAAGGAGCAAGGCAUUAGAGGAUUAUUUAGGGGUUGGGCACCUACUUUCCUUGGUUACAGUGCACAAGGAGCAUGCAAAUACGGAUUCUAUGAAUAUUUCAAGAAGUACUACUCAGAUCUUGCUGGCGCGGAGAAUGCUGUCAAAUACAAAACUUUGAUUUACCUUGCUGGUUCUUCUUCUGCUGAAGUUAUUGCUGAUGUUGCUCUCUGCCCAUUUGAGGCUGUCAAAGUUCGUGUUCAAACUCAGCCCGGAUUUGCUAGAGGCUUGUCUGAUGGACUUCCCAAAUUUGUCAAGGUUGAAGGAGCUGCAGGGCUUUACAAGGGGAUUGUACCUCUAUGGGGACGACAAAUUCCAUACACCAUGAUGAAGUUUGCAUCGUUUGAAACCAUAGUGGAACAACUCUAUAAACAUGCCAUUCCAACACCAAAAGACCAAUGCAGCAAUACUACACAGCUUGGUGUGAGUUUUGCUGGUGGAUAUUUGGCUGGUAUUCUUUGUGCUGUUGUGUCACACCCUGCUGAUAACCUAGUUUCUUUCCUCAACAAUGCCAAGGGGGCAACUGUUGGCGAUGCUGUGAAUAAGCUAGGAGUAUGGGGUCUCUGUACUCGUGGUCUUCCCCUUCGUAUAUUCAUGAUUGGAACACUCACUGGAGCUCAAUGGGGAAUCUAUGAUUCUUUCAAAGUUUUUGUUGGCCUGCCAACCACCGGUGGUGCUCCUCCUCCAGCUCAGAAAUGAAGAACACAUUGAUGAUUGCACGUAAGAGAUAGAAGGGAACUGGAAAUUCUU